AUGUCUGACAAGACAACUUCAUCCGUUAGCCCUAGAAGCUUUGAAACUAUCUCAGAAGAGGAUGGUGAGGAACCUUGGGAGAAAUUAUUGGGGGACGUGAAAGCUGCUGUGCCUACCAUAAUUAAAACUAACGCAUCGACUGCUACCAUCACGAGAAGUGGCGUAGAAGCUGUAACUACUCCUUGUGUUGAUAUCGAAGCGAAUAAAUUAACACGUUCCAAGAGCCUUAACCAACGAAGAAAUAGCAGUGGUCUCCUUGCAACGAUUCCUCGGCAACUACGUCUCUCCCUCCGAGGGGUGCGUAGUGAGCCUUCCAGUGUCAAAGAUAUUCCAGCUGCCAGAAAUGAUAGUGCUCUCAGCCUCUUUAGAUACCGCAAUGCCCGAUAUGCUGCGAGAAGAGUUCGCAAGCGUGUCAUAUUCAAACAUGGAGACUGCAACGUGGUCCAAUGGAACGUAGCGAAACGCAGGCGCCGGUACCUCCAGGACAUCUUCACUACCCUUGUGGAUGCGCAAUGGCGCUGGACGCUGCUCGUAUUCGCUCUCUCUUUCAUCCUUUCGUGGCUCUUGUUUGCUCUCAUCUGGUGGCUAAUCAUCUUUACCCACGGCGAUCUCAGCCCUCCCACAAACUCUUCUGAGACUUUUGUCCCUUGCCUCAAUAACGUCAACUCCUUCACCGGCUGCUUCCUCUUCUCAGUUGAAACCCAGCAUACUAUCGGGUAUGGCUCCAGAACCACGAAUGAAGAAUGUCCAGAAGCAAUUUUCGUAAUGUGCCUUCAGAGUAUUGUUGGUGUCUUCAUCCAAGCUUUCAUGGUGGGAACUGUGUUUGCUAAGCUCUCUAGACCAAAAAAACGGGCACAAACCCUGCUCUACUCCCGGAAUGCCGUCAUUUGCCUUCGAGAAGGACAGCUGUGUCUCAUGUUCCGCGUCGGUGAUAUGAGGAAAUCUCAUAUUGUUGAAGCACAUAUAAGAGCACAAAUAAUUCGCCGCAAGGUGGGUCUAAUAUUUGCAAAGCUGGCGCGGGCCAAAAAACGUAACACCACGCUUCUCUUCUCACGGAACGCAGUAAUAUGCCUUAGAGACGGGGAAUAUUGCCUGCUGUUCAGAGUGGGUGACAUUCGCAAGUCACACAUUCUGGAAGCCCAUGUCCGCGCCCAAAUUAUUCGGAAAAAGAUCACAAGGGAAGGGGAGAUGUUGCCCUUCUAUCAACAAGAGCUGAAGGUGGGGGCUGAUGGAGAGGAAGACCGGCUAAUGUUCAUUUGGCCUAUGACCAUUGUUCAUAAGAUCAACGAAAAAUCCCCUCUUUAUAACUUGACCGCAGAGGACAUGUUAAAAGAGAGAUUUGAAAUUGUGGUCAUGUUGGAGGGCGUUAUAGAGUCAACCGGUAUGACAACACAGGCUAGGAGCAGUUACUUACCAUCAGAGAUCCAGUGGGGCCACCGCUUCGAAACUAUGGUAUCAUUCCGAAAAGAGACGGGAGAAUAUGAGGUGGAUUAUACAAGAUUCAACAAUACCUAUGAAGUAGAUACGCCUCUAUGUUCCGCAAAGCAACUGGAUACGCUGCGCGCCACAGUGUCCACUUCGCAGAAAUUAGAUCGUUUGUUAGGCACCAUUCCGAAAACAUUCUCCAAUGAUACGUUAGAUAUUAGUUCUGUCGACUCUAUGUCUUUAGACGAGCAAAUCGAGUUGAAAAUUACUGAGGCGAGAGCUAGAGAAAAUAGACUGAUGGCUCAAAACAAUUUCAUUCACCAUAUCAAUGAGAAGAGCAGGAAUAAUAGCAACAAUCACUUGGCUGUUGAAAAUGGUCAUGAGAUGGGUCCAAAAAUUAAUUCAAUCGUUCCUGGAGUAGAUGUUAAAACAGAUAAUAAAGAGAGAGAGCAUAAUCACAUACACAGAUCCCACAGUCACGCGAAUAUCAAAAAGCUACAUGGCUUAACACCGAAUGGAGUUAACCACGUCAACGGCCAUGACCACAAACUUGAACAAAAUAAGAUUAAAAAAUCCCCCAGCGAAAACCACAUACAAGAGCACACACCGGUAAUCCCCAUCGUUGUGACGUCCGCGGACCCCGACGCC